CGUACCAUGUGGAAUCUCGUUUACAGCUGUCUUCUAACAAUAUUCAUCUGCGUAUGGACGGCUGUACACCCGAAUGUGGUAAAAAGAGAUAGGGGUGGUAUGCAUCUGGUGGAGGAGAUUGUGAUUAGGGAUGAUCGUUUCGGCUUAAUGACGAGUUCCCUGAUUUUCCCAGAAUUGGUUGUUGCUAAGGCAUGGUAUGAAUUCUCAGAAGCCUGGAAAAUAUCAAGGAAAUGUAAAAAUGUCGAAGGGUGGACACUUGUGCAUUCAUACUUUGUCAUUAUGGGAGGUUUCAUUGACCCAACGACACGUUUCUUUGGUCGGGAUGAUCCCUCCUUCUUUGGCCAAUACCCUGGCAUCAUUCGGAAGAUGGGAAAUCGUCAGGUUGUCGCGGUAACGAAACAGGAACUUCUCCGCAAAAGCAAAGGCGAUCUUUUAUCCAAGUCUAUUGUAUCUCUUCAAUUGCUGUGGUUCAUCGUUCAAUAUGUGGGGCGAUGGGUUGGACAUCUGCACAGAUCGCAGCUUGAGACGAUAACGCUUGGAUACUCCGCACUGAGCAUUAUCAUCUGCGCGUUGUGGUGGCACAAGCCCCUUGAUGUCCGUUCGCCAAUUCAAGUGAUGAAAGAGGACCCUGCUCACGUUCCG